AUGACGAUUGCGAAAAAGGAGGAAGUCACGGGUGCCAGUGGAAGCAAGUUCACCCUCAAAGAUCUCAUUGGCAUGGGAGGAGGGGACGGUGCACCAAAGCUCGGUCGAAAGACAUCCGCUGCGGGCUCUCAGAAGGGCUCUGAUCGAGGCUCCACUCGAGGCAGUGAACGCGAUUAUGGUGACAACACAUCGACUGCUUCCUUGUUGAAAAAAUACGGAAUCUGCGACAAGGCUGCGAUCGGCAAAGGUGCCACGGCUGUCGUGCGACUUGCCCACAAAUGGGAUCGACGAGAAGAAAAGCUUUACGCUGUCAAGGAGUUCCGAAAGAGGCGAAAGAAUGAGACUGAAAAGGAUUAUGUCAAGAAGCUCACUUCGGAAUUCUGCAUCUCGUCGACAUUGCAUCAUAUCAACGUUGUCGAGACUGUUGACUUGGUCCAGGACGAAGCGCAUCACUGGUGCGAAGUCAUGGAGUACUGUCCCGGUGGAGACCUCUACGCAGCGAUCAAAAAGGGUGGAAUGUCGAGCGGAGAGGUCGAAUGCUCCUUCAAGCAGAUCCUUCUUGGUAUUCAAUACCUCCAUUCCAUGGGUGUAGCUCAUCGCGAUAUCAAGCCGGAGAACUUGUUGUUGGAUGGUCGGGGUCACGUUAAGAUUACCGACUUUGGAGUCUCAGACGUCUUUAGAAUGUGUUGGGAGAAGAAGACCCAUUUCAGUAAAGGCUUGUGUGGGUCUGAACCAUACAUUGCCCCAGAAUUGUUCGAGCAGAAGGAGUACGAUGCUCGGCUCGUCGACGUCUGGGCUGCUGCAGUCGUCUUCUACUGCAUGCAGUUCCAGGAACUUCCCUGGAGAGUCGCCAAAUCGACCGACCCGACGUACAAGGACUAUGUCACGGCCUAUUCUCCUACCAAACCCUUGGCAGAAGGUCAACAUCACCCUACACCUCCACCGUUGAACAACCUUGUUCCUAGAGAGUGUCGCUUAUUGAUCAAACACAUGUUGGAUCCUGACCCCAAGACACGAUGGGGAAUCGACGAUGUCCUCAAAGACAAAUGGAUGCAGGGUGUAGAAGUGUGCGAAGAGGGUAAAGAGAAUUCCCAUUCGCACAGUUCAGCCGGGAUGGACAUUGUCAAGAUUGUCCCUAACUAG